AUGCAGCCCACGACGCGGGAAAUGCAGGCCAUGGCCGCCGCCGGCCAGAUCUCCCUCGACGACCUCCGCGCGGCCGCCGGCAGCGCGGGCGGCGUGCACGACGACUUCCUCGACCAGAUGCUGGGAGGCCUGCCGCCGUCGGCCUGGCCGGAGCUGGCGUCCGCCGCCGGGGCGAAGGUGCCGGAGGGUGGCGCGCAGGCGGAGGGGAUGCAGCAGCACCAGCACCAGCAGUUCGGCGGGGGAUUGUACGACGAGUCCGCGCUGCUGGCGUCGCGGCUCCGGCAGCACCAAAUCAGCGGCGGUCCUGGCGGCGCGGAGUCCGCGGCGGCGGCGAAGCAGAUGGUGCUGCAGCAGCUGGCCGAUCUGAGGCAGGGCCACCACAUGCUGCUCCAGGGCAUGGGCCGCUCGACGGGCGGCGGCGGGGACGGCGGCCUGCUCCUCCCGCUCUCCCUCGGCAGCGGCGGAUCGGGCGGCGACGUGCAGGCGCUACUCAAAGCCGCCGCCAAUUCCGCCGGUGGAGAAGCCGGCGGCGUCUUCGGCGGCGCCUUCGCCGGAUCGCUACAGCAGCAGCAACAUCAACAUUUCCAGCAGCAUCCACAGCAAACGGCGCCGUUGCCGGGCCAGGGCUUCGGUGGAGGAGGCGGUGGCGGAGGCGGUGGCGCAUCCGCCGGCGCGUCACAGCCUCAGGCCGGUGCAUCGGGCGGGGGCGCGGCGGCGCCACCCAGGCAGCGCGUGCGGGCGCGGCGCGGCCAGGCCACCGACCCCCACAGCAUCGCGGAGCGGCUCCGGAGGGAGAGGAUCGCGGAGAGGAUGAAGGCCCUGCAGGAGCUGGUGCCCAACGCCAACAAGACGGACAAGGCGUCGAUGCUGGACGAGAUCAUCGACUACGUCAAGUUCCUGCAGCUCCAAGUCAAGGUGCUGAGCAUGAGCCGGCUAGGUGGCGCCGCUGCCGUCGCGCCGCUCGUGGCCGACAUGUCCUCGGAGGGUCGAGGCGGCGCGCCGGCCGCGGCGGGGAGUGACGGCCUGGCGGUGACGGAGCAGCAGGUGGCCAAGCUGAUGGAGGAGGACAUGGGCACCGCCAUGCAGUACCUGCAGGGGAAGGGCCUGUGCCUCAUGCCCGUCUCCCUCGCCACCGCCAUCUCCUCCGCGACGUGCCACAUGCGCCCGCCGGUGGGGGCAGCGGGGCCGGCGGGGCUCGGGGUCGCCGCAGCAGCGCACCACAUGGCCGCCAUGCGCCUGCCGCCGGGCAUGAACGGCAGCGGCGGCGCCGAGUCGGCGGCUGCCGUGCCGGCCUCCCCGAGCAUGUCCGUGCUCACGGCGCAGUCGGCCAUGGCCAACGGCGCCGGCGGGGCCGACGGCGAGGGCUCGCACUCCCAGCAGCAGCAGCAGCAUCCCAAGGACGCCGCGUCCGUGUCCAAGCCGUGAUCCCCUCGAGAACGAGAAGAUGACGGGCGGCCGCCGUUUCACUAACGUCGAAAACCCUGUCACUCUCCUGACCUGAUGACGGCGUCGGCCUCCACUUUCGGGCUUCCCUAUCCGCGGGUCUCGCUCGGCUUGGACUCCUCGGAACCGUGGGCUCCCUGACGGGGCCAUCCGCGCCGCUGCGGGCCCACGGGCUCCCAGCACACUGCCGCUGUGCAGCAGCAGCAGCCGCCCUCAGACUCGCCUUUUCCUUUUCUUUUACUUUCUUCCUAGUCUUACCAUUAUUUUCUUUUCUGUUUAAUAUUAUUCCCUGUAUGCCGUUGUUUUUUCCAGUAAAUAUUAAUUAAUUAAUCCAGGUCUGGUUCUCCUGCUGCUGGCUUUAUGCCAGCUUUACCUUCUC